UGAGUGGGCGGCUGCGCGUCGGGGGGCGACGGGAAGGGUGGAGAGAGGAUCUAUGUGAGAAUGACCAUGUUCUUGUGUCUCUUAUACUUCAUAUCUGGAUCUCAAAGUAGCUGUAGUUUGGGGGAGACCAGUGAAUAUCCUGCUCCGUUAUGAGAAGCAUUCACCAACAUAAAGCAAUCUGGAAGAAGAUUUCUCUUAAGAAAAUCAAAGAGCAUAGAAUCCUUUAAUAAAGCAGAAGACAUUGAGAAUUUCAUAAGCUUUUGGCUGUCCGAGUCUUAAAAGAAAUGAACCGUUACACAAUUAUGAAACAACUAGGUGAUGGCACCUAUGGCAGUGUGUUGAUGGGGAAGAGCAACGAGUCAGGAGAACUUGUGGCUAUCAAAAGAAUGAAAAGAAAGUUCUAUUCAUGGGAUGAAUGUAUGAAUUUGAGAGAAGUCAAGUCUCUGAAGAAGCUAAACCAUGCCAAUGUAAUAAAAUUGAAAGAAGUCAUACGAGAAAAUGACCACCUUUACUUUGUAUUUGAAUAUAUGAAGGAAAAUCUCUAUCAGUUAAUGAAGGAUAGAAACAAGUUGUUCCCUGAGUCAGUCAUCAGAAACAUGAUGUAUCAGAUAUUACAAGGGCUGGCCUUUAUCCACAAACAUGGAUUUUUUCAUAGAGAUAUGAAGCCUGAAAACCUUCUCUGUAUUGGACCAGAACUUGUGAAAAUAGCAGACUUUGGUUUGGCUAGAGAACUAAGAUCUCAGCCACCUUACACAGAUUAUGUUUCUACCAGGUGGUACCGUGCUCCUGAAGUUUUGCUGAGAUCAUCUAUCUAUAGCUCACCUAUUGAUAUGUGGGCAGUUGGCAGCAUAAUGGCUGAAUUAUACACACUAAGACCUCUUUUCCCAGGCACAAGUGAAGUAGAUGAAAUCUUCAAAAUUUGCCAAGUACUGGGGACUCCAAAGAAGAGUGACUGGCCAGAAGGAUACCACCUUGCUUCUGCCAUGAAUUUCCGUUUCCCACAAUGUGUCCCUAUAAGCCUAAAAACUCUCAUCCCAAAUGCCAGCAAUGAAGCAAUACAGCUUAUGAGUGACAUGCUAAACUGGAAUCCAAAGAAGAGACCUACAGCAAGUCAGGCUCUGAAGUAUCCUUACUUUCAAGUUGGCCAAAUUUUAGGACCUCCUCCUCAGUAUCUGGAGAAGCAGACUCCUAUUAAACCGGUUCAGCCAACAGAGCCAAAGCCAGCUUUUCCUAAACUGGAAGCUAUAUCCAAGCCAGAACCUCUGUCUUCACCUGAUUUACCUGACAAAACAGAGCCACAGUCCCUGCCAAAGGUUAACCACCAGCCUCUCCAGCAAAUUCAGUUGCCUCAGAAUACAGCUAACCAGCAAGUACCAAAGCAGCAGCAGCCACAGGCACAACCAUUUUUUCCAAUUAUCAAUAAAAAUUCAUCACCUAAACAAGCAGCUAGUGGCCCUCUGAAUGUUGCACUAGGUCCUAAAAGCUGCAGAAGACGAUGGGGUCAGACUUUGGUAAAGGCUAUGGAUAGCUGGGAUGACUUGGAUGACCCUGAAUUUGGAAUGUCAUGUUCAAAGAAGCCUAGCAUUGCAUUGUUAAAAGAAAAGAAAAACAAGGAAUUUAUUUUUAGUGUGCCAGAACCAAAGCCUUCAUGCUAUAUCCAGCCAGGAGCGGAAAAUAAGGUUCUGAUGAGAAAUGAUUCUGGAAGAUCAAAUACAUCAGCAAAACAGUACUAUCUAAGACAAUCAAGAUAUCUACCUGGUGUAAACCCAAAGAGUGUCUCUUUAGCAGCAGUCAAUAGAGAAGGAUCACAAGGAACCUGGAACAACCAGUUGUUUUCUAAAUCGCUGGCACAUACUGGAGGAGGAUUGACUUUCAGGAGAAAUACUACAGAUGAGAACUUAAUUAUACCUAUUGAAAAGCUAUCAUGCAAAGAAAGGUUUAAUGAAAAAUUAGAAGAUCCAAAAGGAAAUCCUGGCUUUGUAAGUAGUGCUGCUUACAACCCAUCAGGAAUAUACACCUCGUCCUUCCAUAAAAAAGAAGUUGGCUCAGCUGGACAACGGAUACAGCUAGCACCUCUUGGUGCACCUGUAUCAGAUUUUUCCUGGAAAACCAAAGCUGCUCGUGCUCCAUUACCAGGUCCUACCUUCAACUCACCAGCAAAAAACAUGAGUAUCUUAACUUACCCACCAACAAUUCAGCGAGUACAUGGAAGAACAGACUGGGUAGCCAAAUAUGGAGGAAACAGAUAAAAAAUGCCAUCCUGUACAGAUACUACGUGCGCUGUGUUUGGUUCUCCUGCACUUGGAAACCUGAAAUGCCUAUUUGCUCUAACUUUUCUUAAGACUAUGCAAUAGUAAAGAAGAAAAAAAGACCUUGUGUUCUAUUACCUGUUAUAGUACACAUAUAAUACCAUGUAAAAUACUGGCUAUAAAGUAGGAUGUAAUGAAGUAUUGUAUAAUGCAUAUUGCCAAAACUACUAGAAGUAGAUUUCAUUUGACAUUUUUCUAUAGAUGAUCUCCUAUCCCUGUGCUCUUAAACACAACUGUUAUGGUUAUUCAUCCAGUGCAACAUCUACUGUUGGGAUAUGCUUGAAGCACACAAGCAGUUAGAAGUAGGGCUGAAGCAGAGCAGCACCAGGCUUCCAGGUGUUAGGCUGGUUCCUCAGCAGGAAGAUGAGAGUGAAGCACAGCUCCGGCUUUGUGAGGAAUACCAAACUCUCCUACAAGGAUUUCAGAACUCACUUGUAACUAAGAAUUACUCAGGGUCUGUAAGCUGCAAAUAUUCAUGUAGCAAUGAGAGCUUAAAUCCUUGUAGUGGGACAUAAGCAAUCCACUUAUAGAUACUACACAAGAAAACUCUAAAAACUUGGCUGAUACAUGGCUGUAGAAAGAUAUAGCAAUAUUGGAAAAUAGCUAAACAAGUACUGAAUGCUAGACUCAAGCUGUGAAGUGAAGCCUAACAAUUAGAUUCUGCUGUUAUAAUUAACUUAAUGCCAUUUUUGGUCAAAGACCUGUAGAGAUUUUCCUCUGUCCUGUCAAGGGAGUGUCACAGUGACCUUUUAAGAAGCCUGAAUCACUGUGGUCUGUCAGUCAUUUUAAGGGUGAAUAAUAAAACAAUAAAAUG